UAAAAAAAAUUAAUCAAUUAUUUAUUUAGUUCAAUAUCAUAUAAUUUCGUAGUACUUAACUCAAGCUUGUCGUUACUCAAAAUGAAUGAGAACGAGAAUGAGAUGAAACCAUGUGAGGGUUUUGUCCCGGGCACUAAAAUGAAAACCUGUGAUCGAUUUCCCUCGGAUCUUUCAACCACUUCACUAAAUGCUCCAUUCCCAUGUACACAGCCAGAGAUUCCACCUGUAGAGCAAGUCGAAUUAGUAGUAGACAUACCAUCAUGCACCAAUAUACUUACUUCAUCGACGAGUUCUUCUCUUUCCACCAUGUCUUCUGCUUUUAUGAAAUUAGAAUGUCUUCCAAAACCUAAGAUGGAUGCGCCCAAUAUUGUUUAUGAGACAGCAGUAGCGAAAGCUAUUCUGCAAAAAUACAGUACAGAAACGGGGAACAAUUUAUUUGAUCAUCUUUCCGAUAUUAUAAAACACGUGUUAGAUGAACGACCAGAAAAUACUAUUGAUUUCUUUGAAGAAUAUAGUCGUAAAGUACGUAAAGAAAAAUUCCACUUACCGGAACGAUUUCCUCCAAAGGCCAUCUAUUUGGAAUCUGAAAUUUACCCUCUUGCUAAAAAGUUCUUACAUUCAUUGAAGCUGCCUGGAUUGGAAAUACCGCCUGAACCUGGAGUAGCUGCAGAAGGCCUUGAAGAGGACCAUAAAUCGGAAAUGAAUUAUUUAAAUUUACAAUUAGACGAAGUUUUAAAAAAAUUUAUUGUUUUUAAUCAGCACGUACAGAGACUACAGUUUUAUUGGCACCAAUGUGGGUUCAGCACAAGCACAGAAGAUAUUUACGAACUUGCUGCUGCUAUGACACGCCUACAAAGUCAUCCGUCAAUUCAGCAAUGUCGUUUUUGGGGUAUUAUAACUGGAUUGAAUGCUCAGUAUUACAUAGUUGAAGCAUAUCUAACUCUAAGUGAACUAACUACGCGAAUCGCGUUGAUGAGAGAAGAAAUGCAGGAAAAAUUGUCAUUGUAUUAUAAAAGUGUCUUAAAAUCUCCUUUGGUUGAUAGAAUGGGUCCCAAACUCGAACCUGGUGGUGAAGGUUGGGAAAAUUAUCCUCCCGAAGAAGUGGAAAAGAUGAAACCCCGAGUUAAGCCAUUACCUCAUAGCAAGCAAGAGGAAGAUUUUGAUGUACCUCCAGAAUUUAUUGGAGAAGGUACAAAUAGACUUUCAUAUUUUGUUGUUAACGCUUUAUCAGAUGAUUGGAUAGAGCUACCUAUUGUAACUCCGCAACAAAUUAAACUUUCCAGGCAGAUUAAAAAAUUGUUGACUGGUGAUCUUGAGGAAGAAAUAAUAUCUUAUCCAGAGUUUUGUGGAAAAGAAAAACAUUUAUUACGAGCUAUUAUUGGACGAAUAACUGCUGGCACCUACAUAGCUCCUCAAGGUUAUUACCGUAAAAUGACAAAACGUGAAAAACGCUUAUUUCAAGGUAUUGAAGAUGAUGAGGAGGAGGAAGAAGAAGAAGAAGCUGAAGACGAAGAAGAAGAAGAAGACAUGGAUAAUGACGUAUUUCUUCUAAAAAACGAGAGGUAUGAUCCGAUACCAUUAACGUCGUUAAAUACACCUUCCAAAUGGGUUCAUGUGCGUCCCAAUAUUUUAAAUCAAGGACGCGUUGUGUGGUUCGAUGAAGCGAGAGCUCGUAGAAUGCGUGCGAAGCAAAUUGCGAGAUUAGCUAGACUAGCGGCUCUUGAAGAGGAGGAGGAAGAAGAAGAAGAAGUUGAAGAAGAAUUCGAGGAAGAAGGCUUAGAAGAAGAAAUGUACCCCGAUCUACGAGAAUAUGGGCCCAACAUACUAUCACAUUGUGAUGAGGAUGUUUCUAAUUUUAAUAUUGUACCUUGGAGUACACGUUUCACUAGUACUUAUACCAAUGAAAAAGAAAGAGUGCUAGUCAUGUGUUCAAACAUCUGGCCUGGUGCAUUUUCAUUUACAUUCGAAGAUGUAUGUGAAUCAAUUUACUUGGGUUGGGGACAUAAAUAUGUAGCCCGUAACAUGCCAUUCGAGCAUAUGCCAAUUCAAUACCAAGAGUAUCCACAUCUUGAGUAUGAUUUCAUAGAAGCAAUUGAUCCUUCAGUGGAAGAUGAACUAGCCUACGAAUUAGCCAUGCGAAGGAAAAUGCAGAAAGAAAUGGCUGUUGAUGGUGAAGAAUUUGAUGAUGAUUUUGAUGAUAUAACUAUUUACGAUGAUGAUGAUGUUUAGAAAGUAAAAUAACAA